CUCCCUUCUGCUUGCCCUUGGCAGCGCCAGCCCCGGACACCCCCGGCCGGGCGCAGGGAGCCGCUCGCGGCCUCAGGCUGGAGUCGCCGGUGGAGCGCGGGUCCCUGAUGGACACCUCGGAGCCAGGCAGCGCAGCCGAGGAGGAGGAGGAGAAGGCGUCGGAGCAGCGGCCCCGCACCCGCUCCAACCCUGAGGGGGCCGAGGACCGGGCCCUGAGCGCACAGGCCAGCGUGGGCAGCCGCAGCGAGGGCGAGGGCGAGGCGGCCAGUGCCGACGACAGCCCGCAGGGCACCGCCGCACCCAGCGCCAAGGCCUGGCAGGUCCCGGCGCCCCCCGUCGAGUUCCAGGUCAAGACGCCCAGAGUCAACUGCCCCGAGAAGGUGAUCAUCUGCUUGGACCUGUCCGAGGAGAUGUCGCUGCCGAAGCUGGAGUCCUUUAACGGGUCAAAAACGAACGCCCUGAACAUCUCUCAGAAGAUGAUCGAGAUGUUCGUCAGGACGAAGCACAAGAUCGACAAGUGCCAUGAGUUCGCCCUGGUGGUGGUGAACAACGAUGCUACAUGGCUCUCCGGCUUCACCUCCGACCCCAGGGAAGUCUGCAGCUGUUUGUACGACCUGGAGACCGUCGGCUGCACAUCCUUCAAUCUAGAAGGCCUCUUCAACCUCAUACAGCAGAAGAUCGAGCUGCCAGUCACGGAGAACGUGCAGACCAUCCCACCCCCCUACGUGGUGAGGACCAUCUUGGUGUACAGCCGGCCGGCCUGCCAGCCUCAAUUCUCCAUGACGGAGCAGAUGAAGAAAAUGCUUCAGUGCCCGUAUUUCUUCUUUGACGUGGUGUACAUCCACAACGGGGCCGAAGACAAGGAGGACGAGACGAGCUGGAAGGAGAUGUACGCCUUCUUCAGCAACCUGGACACCAAAGGCACCAACUACAAGUACGAGGUGUCCUUGACGGGGCCUGCCGUGGAGCUGCACAACUGCAUGGCCAAGCUCUUGGCGCAUCCCCUGCAGCGGCCGUUCCAGACCCACGCCUCGUACAGCCUGCUGGAGGAAGAGGAGCCCGCCGAGAUCGAAGCCACCGUGUAACUGGUGUCAUGGGCCUCCAUGGGGCUGUUGGCAAUGAAAUGCAGACGGCCUCUCACUUAAUUCACUCCCUGCGGGACGGCAGGCAAGUCUGUAGGAAGCUGGUUGCGCCUCAAAUGCUCCUUACAGAGAUGCCGUCUGAAUAGCCUUUAACUUCUGUCUUUUCCAAUUAAAAGGUCAGAUCUUUGCCUUGCCAGAGAAAGGUGUUGGAGGGGCUGGUCCUCCGUUCUAGCCCAACAUAGGUAGCAUUUUCCUGAGUGAACUCAACUUUAAAAAAUAAAAAGUACAUCCGUGUACUCCUUGAGCUUUAGCUUGCUGGCUAGAACAGCUGUGACCUGUAAAAGGCCACUGCAGUGAAACGGAGGUAAGGACCCGACUUUCUUUUUCCC